AGAGAGCUCGCUGCGUUCCCCCACCCUCUUCCAACCUGCGCGUCGCAGUUAUAGACUCUGGUGAACUGCGGUAUAUCUAAUCUUAAUUAUUAGAGAUUCAAAACUCAAACCAAAAACAAAUGGAACUGGAAACGAUACUUCGAAAAUGCAUUGUAUCGGGUAAAUCAGAAGGACAAUUAGAAGAAAAAGAAAAAAAAGAAGACGAAUACUUUCAAAAAAUAUAUGAACAAUGGAAAGGCACCAAAGCUAAAGACAAAGACUUAACUUAUAAAGUCAUUCCUAAAUUUUAUUUCAAGUUACCUAAAGAAGAUGAGAUUCUGCCGCAAAAGUUACGAGAAGAAACACGAGCUUUAUUUUUGCAAAGACGUUCGCGACAGUUACUUGAUAAUAACGAACUUAAAGCAUUAUGGGUAUUAUUAGAUAAACAUCAUAGUCCACCUUUAUCAGGGGAAGAACAGUUAAUAAAUUAUGAAGAUUUCAAGAAAGUGGGUAAAUUAGCUGGUGCAAAAUGCAAUCCAUAUUUCACUGCUGUUGUAUUUGCUAAGUUACAGCAGGGUGAUCCUCAUGGCAGGAUUAGCAUUAUGGCAUUAUUUAAUUAUGUUAUGAGAAAAGUUUGGUUGCAUCAAACAAGAAUUGGUCUUUCUUUAUACGAUGUUACUGGUCAAGGAUAUCUCAGAGAAUCAGAUUUAGAAAACUAUAUCCUAGAAUUAAUACCAACUUUGCCCCAGCUUGAAGGACUUGAGAAAUCUUUCCAUUCAUUUUAUGUUUGUACAGCAGUCAGAAAAUUCUUAUUUUUUCUUGAUCCUCUUAGAACUGGCAGAGUUAGAAUUCAAGAUAUUUUAGCAUGUAGCUUUCUAGAUGAUCUAUUAGAACUGAGAGAUGAAGAUUUACCAAAAGAUUUGCAAGAAGCAAAUUGGUUUUCAGCUCCAUCUGCUCUUAAAGUUUAUGGGCAAUAUCUUAAUCUUGAUAGAGAUCAUAAUGGAAUGCUCAACAAAGAAGAACUUGCAGGAUAUGGCACAGGAACAUUAACUGGAGUAUUUUUGGAAAGAGUGUUUCAAGAAUGUUUAACUUAUGAGGGAGAAAUGGAUUACAAAACAUAUUUGGACUUUGUUUUAGCAUUAGAAAAUCGACACGAACCACAAAGUUUACAUUAUUUAUUUAGAAUUCUUGAUAUUAAUAAUCGUGGUUAUCUUGAUACCUUCUGCCUUAAUUACUUUUUCCGUGCUAUACAAGAACAAAUGACAAUGCAUGGUCAAGAACCAGUAAGGUUUGAAGACGUAAAAGAUGAGAUCUUUGAUAUGGUAAAACCAGCAGAUCCAUGUAAAAUUACAUUGCAAGAUUUAUUGUCAUGUGGUCAAGGCGAUACAAUGGUUAGUAUUUUAAUAGAAUUCCAUGGUUUUUGGGCAUACGAAAAUCGUGAAGCUAUGGCAGCUGAUACUGGUGAUGAAUCAUCUCAUAACAAUAUUAAUGAAAGAAAUGAAGAUAAAAAUAAAGAGAAUGGAAAGAUUGGAGUCCACAGUGUAAGAUCAAAGUUACAAAGGCUUGGCAAACUGUAUUCUGAUGACAGUAGUAGAGAACUCAGUUCACCUAUUCAUAGAACAGAGGAAAAGUUCACUGCGGAAGAAGAAGUUAUUGAACAGAAACCAGUAAAAAGAGGAGCUAGGCUUGAUAGAUUAGCAGCUCUUGCUUCAACUAUUAAUAAUUGGGAAGAUGAUCUUUCGCAUCCGACUUUGACCAAACCGAUGGAAACUAAAGCAGAUAAGAUACAAGCUAAAUUAAAUGAACAGGUGAAGAGUGCAUCAGAACCCCAGCCAAGUACAAGUGGUUACAGUCAAGGAAAUAGGAACAGCAGGGGAGUUGAUUCUAAAAAAGAAGAAGUAAGUUGUACGAAACAACUUAAAUGGGAUAAGUCUACAUUGAAAUCAUUAGAGUCUCAAGGCUUUAAUCGUACAAAAAGCAAUAGUCGCCUUGUAUAUGACUAUAAGGCUUGUUCUCAGGAAAAAAAUCCGGAUUUGUCGAGUUCAUCCCCGCAGCGUUAUCAGCGUAAUCAGGAAUCUCCGCGUCGCGAAGAAAGAUACGAUAAAAGGGCAGAGGAUUCUCCAAAGAAUAACAGCAAAAAUUGUAACACCCCAGAGAAAACGCGAAAUGGAAUGCCUAGCACAAGCGGCUCCAGACUGGCGCCUAGAUUUGGAUGUAAUGGCUCUCCUAAGAGUCCAGGCCAGUCUAGCCCAGGUUCAGUGUUAAGCAAAGCUUCGUUGUUUGAAUCUAAAAAUACUGAAACAAAAGCGAAAGAUCCGACGCAAAUGACGCUUUCCGAGAGGAUGGCACUUUUUGAGAGAAAUAAAGGAGAACCACCGUUACUACCGAAAGCACCACUUACUAUGUCUAUACCUCCAAAAAAGUUACAAGAAAAAGACAAGAAUAGUUCAUCACCAGGAGUUGGAAACAAUGGAGAUUCUUUUGUAGGAAAGGGGCAAUCUAAAGCUGAUAUUCCUAGCAGUGCUGUGUAUGCUCGUCGAGAAAAGUUUGAACAAGGUUUAAACACCCAAGAACUGGAGAAUAAUAUUUUACGCAACACUUAUUUGGAAAGGCAACGAGAAUUGGAUAUGUUGCGUUCACGUUUCAAUAGAAAUAAGGAGAUGGCAAAAGCAGCCGCCGGUUCCUGUAUUAGGACAAGUGAAAGUAGCGAAGGAAAAUCAAAUUCGCCUAAAAAUUCUCCAGUUUGUCCAGUAAAGCCAACACCAGCGCCUGAUCAUGGUGCCCCACCUCCACCACCACCGCUUCCACAGACGCGUGAAUCUGAAGCAAUACAAACUCCAAAUCAGAACAAAAAUUCACCGAUGAAAAGACAAGUUGUAGGCAGCCCUCCAAAAACACAGCAAGUGAAAGUAAUCUCUGACAUUAAACGUAUCCGCGUUGCUCCGCCUAAACCUGGACAUCUCUAUCCUAAUCUUUCUGAAAUUGAUAAUACAACGGAAACGGAAACUGAUACUGAAUAUACCGUCAAUAGUACAGAAGCAGAAACUGCUACUUUAGAUGAGAAAACUGACACUGAAACAGGGACAGAAGCCGAAUACUAUAUACCAGACAAUGGAACUGAAGUUGAUAGCGACGAAGAGAGCGGGGACUUGAAUACCAGCCUUGGUAGAAGUAUUUUACGAGUAGUAAAUGAACAUUCCUUUCUAAAUAAGAAGAGAUCAAUUGAACCAGAUCCGGACAGUACCACAUCCGAUAUUUCAGUACUGGAUGAAAUGGAUGAAUAUUUAGACGAAUGUCUUGCACUUCAAGAAGCAAAUAACAUGAAUAUGCAUACAGAAGAGGGACCGACGCCACCGAAGUUAAACAAAGGUGGUAAAAGUCCGUCCACUGCAUCGACAAGCUUUAAAUAUAACGAAGGAGCAUCGUAUCGUUCACCUAUAAAGAAAGUUUCUCCAGGAACUCCGAAAAAUGGUGAACCUUAUAUCGUAGAUGGCGAUAAUUGUGUACCAUUAUUGCACACCGUCAGUUUUUACAGACGACAACAGUCUCAAACGCCUAAAACACCAGUACGUAUAAUAUCGAGAACGCAAGAGGUUGAUACCCCUCCUAAUGUAACACAGCUUGACGUUAAAAACGAAGCUGUUUUGGUACAAGAAAAAGUAAAAAGAUUACUAGAUGAAGUAUGCAAGCAGCAAACAAUUAUCGGCCAAGCUAGCCAAGCAUUAAACUUGUGCACUUCUACUGUCGAGUUCAAUGAUUCAAGGGAGCAAGUUGAAGGGGAAAGACUGUUACUCGUUGCUACUCAUAGACGGCAAGCUGCAUUAAACGAAGUACAGCGAUUGAAAGUAGAAGGUACAUUGAGACCUGUUACACCUGGCUCACCGGAAGUACAAGAAAGUGGUUCUUUGACAGUUUCUGCUAUCACUUUACCUCUUAAGCGAGAUCAUUACCGUAACAUGGGCAGAGAUACGUGCCUUCAUUUUGUUUGUUUAAUGAGACAUUUGGAAAACGUGGUUGCCACUCCUGUAGUUGUAGCAGAACCAGGCGAUUCGUGUCUUCGAUUUCCAUCAACAUUAAAACUGAAUGAUUUGUAUAAUGAUUUUAAAAUUACCAUUGAAGUAUACUCGCUUCAAACACAAGCGGAAAUUUUGCCACACGAAAUUAAAUAUCAUAUUAACAAUGGCAGUGGAUGCAGUAGUAAUAACAAUCAUUGCAAUAAAAAGCUAGUGAAUAAAACUCCAAAGAAAUUCUUAAAACAAGAUAGCCGUUUAGUGAUGCCAACUGUUCAAAGUCCAGCAGGACCAUCUGCUGUCAGAUCUCCCGCUUUUCAAUUAUCUGGUUACGUUAUUUUUAGCCUGAGAGAAAUACAUCGUCAGCAAUUUACAUUAAACAAGGUACCAUCGCAAUCUCCUUUAGAAGGACGAUUACAAAUGCAUGUUUCCUGUGAACUUUCAGUAACAGUUGAGCAUAGAGGAUUUCUUACAAUGUUCGAGGAUGUCUCUGGUUUUGGUGCUUGGCACCGUAGAUGGUGUUUGUUGAAAGGUUCCACGUUAUCAUAUUGGAAGUAUCCUGAUGAUGAACAAAAGAAGACUCCUAUUGGAAGCUUAGAUUUACAGAGUGUUUCCACAACUAAUGUAGGAUUAGUUUCUCGAGAUAUUUGCGCUCGUCCUCAUACCUUUUUAUUGGAAGCAACAAGAGCCGCGGAACCUGAGGACACUGAUAGUCUAAUCAUGAUUAGGAAUGGGCCUACAACAACAAUUAGGCAUCUUUUAUCAGCCGAUACAAAGGAAGAUAGAUUAGAAUGGUGUUCAAAACUUAAUAAAACGUUAAAUUUAAUACAUGCCUGGGGCGGAACUACGGUAUUGUCGUAACUUAGUUUUUAUUAAAAAUUAAUGACAAAGUAUAGCGUAUAAAAAGUACGCUUAUAUAUUAAUUUUAUACACAAUACGUACUUGUGUAUACUGAAUAAUGCAAUUCAAAUUUUUAUCGAAUAUUGUAUAUCCAAUAUGAAUAAUGUAUAUUCAAAACAACACAAGGAAUAUAAAGUAACAAAUUAUUUUAUAUUUUAGAUAUACUAUAUUAAUCGUAUCAAGAUUAACUGAAUAAUGAAAAUUCUUUAAUAGUAGUCAUUAUACUAUAUUUUUUAUAAGAUUGCCUUCUUUUGCCUUAAAUCGAAUGAAAAUUGUUUAUUUUUUAUAAUAGAUUUACAGAAAAUUGGAUUUAUACUAUAGCAAAAUUAUUUUAAUGAAAUUGAUUGAAUUGUUUCUAAUAUUUAGAUACAAAGUAACUUUAUAAUGAAUUUGAUGACAUUCUUUAAAUAUGAAAUAUUAAUCGCAAAUCAUAUUAUUUAAUAUAAAUUGAAUAUUCAAUGCAUUAGAGCUAUGUAUAAUUUUAAUUAUGCGUCCUUUAAUUAGUAUUAUUAGAAUACAUAAUACAACAUAUUGUAAAUAGUAAAAUAAUUAUAAUUUAAUGAAGUAGGAUUACUGUAAGGAAAACGACGAUGCUAACACGUAUACACGAUGUCAGUGAGAUACACAAGAACGACGUCCUAACAUAUGUGUCGUAUGGUAUUUAUACAUGUAAUACUUCAAAAUUUAUUUGAAUAAUAAAGAUACUUAAGAGAAACAAA